GUCGGUCGUUUUAGCCUAUGGCUCGGCUAGGCUCGACUAGUUAAGCCAUACGAUAGGAUGAGGGUGCUCCCAUAAGUCCGCUGCUCCUUGGCGCUGCGUGUGACAGUCCCGCCGGCAUGCGGCACCUCGCCCUGACCGCGCUGGCCGCUCUGGCCGCGGCAUCCUCACCGGGCGGCCCGGACGACGCCGAGGCCGCGCUGCGCAACCUCUUAACGUCGCUCCGGCCCGUCUACAGCAAGUGGAAGGAAGCCGAGACGCCGGAACAACAACCGCCGGCGCCGCCCGCGGUCGGCGCUGCGCCGUGGGUCCGGGCGGCGACGGACCUGCGCGACGCGACGCCCGCCGACGUCGCGCUCGCGGCGCUCGGCGGCGCGGCGCGGCGGCCGGAGCGGCGGCCGGAGCGACGGCGCCCCAAUGCGCCGAAGAGGCCACCACCCGCGGCCGCUCAGCCCGCGGCUGCGCCCGCCGCCGACCAGGCGCAGCCGAGGCCACCGCCCGCGGCGGCACAGCCACCGCCCGUAGCGUUAGCGGCUCAGCCGCCGCCGGCCUUCGCGGCGGCGGCCGCCGCCUGGACCGCGGCACACGGCAAGGGCGCCUUCUACGCGCGCGACGGCGAGGUCCUCGAGGAGCCCAUACAACAACAGGAGCGGCGCGGUUUCUGGCGGCCCCACGCGCACGUCCAGCAGCCCCCUCCCAAAAGUUACUUGGCGGCCGGCGCCCCGGCAAGACCUCCUCAAGUCGAGGAGCUCCACAACAAGCUCAAGCAGUUCGACGAGGCGGGCGUCAUGGGCGCCGUCUAUAGAGGAGGCGCCUGCCUCUUCGCCUGCGGGGUGCUGGCUUUCUGUAGCGUGGCGCAGCCCGACCGGCUGACGAACGCCGCCUACAAUCUGAGGUAUAAGGAGACGCUCGGCCGCAUCUUGUUGUGUUUUGCGCCGUCGGCACUCCUCUUCCUCGUCGUCUUCUCGCCGAAGCGAGCUACAGUAGGAGACGCCGCCAGGGCCUUCCACGCGGCGUUCUUCCCCGCGUUUAUUGGCUGCGCGGCGUGCGAGGUGCUCGUCUCGUCAGCCGUGUGGUAUUAUGUGCUGGAGCGCCUCGAGCCCGCUGCUUUAGAUGUGGUGCGGGCCCUGGACGACUGCCCGGCGCGCUUCGCGCACGUCUUGAAGAACUUCCGCGUUCCGAUAAAAAGGCGGUCGCAGAUCAUCUCCGAAUGUCUGGUAUCGUGCGUCGCGGCACCUCUACUCGAGGAGUCGGCCAAGCUCUGGGCCUGCCGCCGGGCGACAUCAUUAAGGGAGGCGGCGCCGGAUAGAGGUAGGCAGCGAAUGCGACAGAGACGGCGCCAGUGGAUGGCCGACACGAAUGAUCGCAUCGACGACUUCGGGGCCCUGGACGAGCCGCCCCACGUCCAUUGCUACCUGACGCACUGCCUCGCGGCCGCGGUCGGCUUCAAGUUCGUGGACGCCGCGCGCCGCGUCUGCGUUUAUACGCGACCUAGGCAUCCCCAGAAGACGUUUUUCGCCGUGAUACGGGGCGUCGUGCCGAUUCAUGAGUUGUGCGGCGCGCUGACGGCGUCGAGAUUAGCAAGACGCGACGCGGCCGCGGCCUUCAACCGGCGCCGGCCGCGCGGUGUCAAAAGGAGGCGCGUGCCGUCCGCGUUGAUGGUCAUCGCGCCGGCGGCCAUCCUCAGAGCGCUGGCGAAUUUUAGAGGGUGCAAGCCGGUGUUCAAGUGGGAGUCGAACCAGCCCUGGGUCGAGUUGCAAUUACAAGCCUGGAACCAGCCGGACGACGCGACGUGGGACCGGGUCCUUUUUAAAUCUGUGGCGUCGUUCGGCUGGUGGCUCAUGCUGGCGCGCGUUUUAGCUUAUGCUUGCUCGGACUACUAUCGGGUCGAGGCGGAGCGCGAGGUGCUUCGCAUCCCGGCGCCGGUCGUGAGACGCGCGAAGUAA